AUGGCUGUACAUGGAAAGUCAUGGCAUGAGCAUGACCCAAACGAGAUCGUCCAAUCUGUUGUUGCUUGCAUAGACGGCGCCGUCGCCGAUUUCGAAACCCAGGGACACAAAGUCGAUUCUAUCAAAGCGAUUGGAAUCACCAACCAGCGGGAGACCACGGUAGUAUGGGAUAAGGAGACGGGCGAGCCGCUGUAUAAUGCUAUAGUUUGGACCGAUACCCGCACACAGGGUCUUGUGCGUGGAUUAAAAAACCGCCUGGGCCAUCAAGAGCUGCAACCGAUCUGCGGUUUGCCACUGUCCACUUAUCCGUCCGUCGGUAAAGUGUUAUGGCUGAUCGAUAACGUUCCUAAAGUCAAGGAGGCAUAUGAUGAGGGAAGACUUGCGUUCGGCACCAUCGACACUUGGCUCAUUUACAAGCUAAACGGUGGUCCGGAAGGAGGCGUCUUUGUAACGGAUCCAUCAAACGCAUCGCGAACCAUGUUUAUGAACCUUGAGAAGGUGGAAUAUGAUGAGAGGUUGAUUGACUUCUUCCGCCUUGACACUUCCAAGAUCCAUCUGCCUAAGAUUGUACAUUCAGCAGACCCAAAGGCUUAUGGCAAAUUGGCGAUCUCUGCCCUCAAGGGCUUCCCCAUAACGGGCUGCUUAGGAGAUCAAUCUGCUGCGCUCGUGGGCCAAAAGGGAUUCACACCUGGAAAGGCCAAGAACACAUAUGGGACUGGCUGCUUCCUUCUUUAUAAUAUUGGCGAGAAACCGGUAGUAUCAAAGCAUGGAUUGCUAACAACUGUAGCCUUUGACUUCCGAGGAGGUGAAGGUGGAAAGCUCACCUAUGCACUCGAAGGAAGCAUUGCUGUCGGCGGGUCCAGUGUCAAAUUUUUGGUGAACAAUUUCAAGUUCAUGGACAGCUCGAAGGAUUUGACGACAUUGGCAGAGACAGUACCAGACAGCGGUGGAUGUGUGUUUGUCACAGCAUUUAGUGGAUUGUUUGCUCCAUAUUGGAUCGAUGAUGCGAGAGGCACGAUAUUUGGGAUAACAACAUUCACUCAACGAGGCCAUGUAGCCAGAGCAACUCUUGAGGCAACAUGUUUCCAGACCAAGGCGAUCCUUGAUGCCAUGGAGAAAGACAGCGGACAUAAGCUCACUGAGCUAGCUGUUGACGGAGGAAUGUGUGCCAGCGAUUUGACAAUGCAGACACAAGCAGAUUUGAUCUCCAUCCCUGUCAACCGCCCCAAGAUGCGAGAGACCACGGCCCUUGGUGCUGCAAUUGCAGCAGGUAUUGCUGCUGGGGUAUGGAGCAACCUGGAGGAGCUCCAAAAUGUCAACACAGACGGCCAAACCACCUUUAAUCCUAGCAUUGAAAGGGAAGAGGCCGACAAACGGUUCUCCCGCUGGGAAAAGGCUGUGGAAAUGUGUCGGGGAUGGGCGAACUAG